AUGUAUUUCCAGGUGGAGUGUUUCCAUCCAUUAGACCACCUGAAUGCAUCGCUUCCAGUUCGUUUGGAGGUGGAUGCAGGCAAGAUGCUUUUCAUCUCCCUGGAUGGCCUCCACAGCUGCAGUUUCAGUAGAGGAUCAGAUGCCGUACCAACAACAAGCUCCUCCAUGACACCGCCAGUGCUUUCUGAGAGCUAUUCUGGCGAAUACACUUUGAGAUGUGGGCACGGGUUCUCGUUGUCCUUUUCUCUCCAUGUCAUCACAAAACGUCCCACAAUACCUCGUCUGACACUGGUCCGCGUCGAUAUUUCAGGGGGAUCCCCCUAUUUUAAUUGUGCAUCCCAGGGUAUCCCAAAUCCCACUCUGAGAUGGUCAGGGUAAGUCCAAAUACAAGGGCAAAAGGGAGGAGGAGUAGCGGGAAAAAAUGAGAACAUAAUUAGCAGCAUUGAAUUCCAAAACAAUGUAGUGAUGUGUUGUGCUAAUAAUAGUCAAGGUCAAGAAUGCUCCAAACUAUAUGACUAUGAUGUGUCAAGUGACCUGAUGAGAAAGGAGGAGGUCUCCAGUUUGAUUAUAAGUCCCGGGCAGCCUCUCUUGCUUCGUUGCAGGGCCCAACGCCACAGAUGGAAUCAGUUGACCAUGUGGGAAAAGGACGGCCAACUGUUAACGUCCACUGCUUUACCGUGCCCUGCGAAAAUCAAGGAGAAGAUGUGCAUAAGAAAUGACAAGGAUUUGACAAAAUUGAUGACUUACUUGUUUAUCGACUCUGUGACCACUGAUCACAACGGCACGUACACCUGCAAGGACCAAACCAUAUCCAAAUCGGUUGAUGUCAGCGUCUUGGCGGAAGGAUUCCUCAAGGUGCAGCUGGAUCCGAGAAAAACUCUGCUAGCUGAGAAUGCACCCAGAGCGUGUUUGGAAGCCGCCGUAUUUUACCACCCUACGCUGGAGUACUGCAUGUGGCAGACACCCCGUGGCAUUUUGUCAAAAUGCAUCACGGAGGACUGGGUCACGAAGCAAAGGACAGUGAAGUUUUGUGGUGGACUCCAAUCUGGAGAAUACAAGUUAACCGUGAAGGCUGGUGGACAAAACACGAGCAAAUCUGUGUUUGUUUGUGUUGUAGACGAACCAAAAUUCAGAUUGACCAUAGACAAGCACAACCACAGUACCAACAUUCAGACUGAGAGUGCCGUCCCAGCAAAUUACACGUGGCUGUCCUGUUUUUCUCCCAAUGAAAGUUGUUCGGGUCUGUCCCACUGGACAGAGGUCCCCGAAUCACGGCGAACCGACUCAGACGUUCAUUGCCGAAAGACCAUCGAGAGCUCCAUAAUUAUGGAUCUGCCAGAUGCACAUUACGUGAAGUUUUGCCUAGCGAAUUCAGUCGGCUCUUGGUGUUCGCUUCCACACCCGGUGUACUUCCCAUCUUCCCCGCAGGCAUCCAAAGAGAAAUACAUCUUCACGGUUCUAAAAACCGGCAGCGUGAUCCUGGUUGUGGCUUUGUUCACUGUCAGUCUGGCACUCAUUUACCACGUAAAAAAGAAGAAACCACAGUAUCAGCCCCAGCUGCAGAUGAUCCAAAUGGUGGGCCCCAAUGAUAAUGAUUACAUCUACAUUAACUUCAAGGACUUUGAGUAUGACCGCAAAUGGGAGUUUCCUAGGGAGAAUUUGGAAUUAGGCAAAGAACUAGGCUCUGGUGCUUUUGGCACAGUUGUUCAGGGCACAGCGUACGGUAUCAAGAAGGCCGGUGUGUCACAGCAGGUGGCCGUCAAGAUGCUUAAAGAGAAACACCAAGCAGUGGAGAAAGAAGCAUUGAUGUCUGAACUCAAGAUGCUGACGCACAUCGGUCAACACUCGAACAUCGUGAACCUGCUCGGAGCGUGCACGGAGUCAGGUCCCAUUUAUCUCAUCUUUCAAUACUGCUGCCAUGGGGAUUUGCUGAACUACCUGAAAAGCAGCAGUGAGCGCUACCAUAAGUCAGCAGUGGACGCCGUCACUAAGGACCGUAACAGCAGCCUUUACCAAAACCUGACGCCAGGAAAAAACUCAACCACUGUGCAGGAAGGCGACAUAGACAAGUACGUCCCAAUGCAUGUCGCCUAUACUGAGGGGCAAGAGAACAUAGCUCUCCUCCAUCUCGACUCAGAUGACCUGGACAGUCUUGAAGACCAAGAAAUCGAUGAGAAUGGAAACACCAACGACCUGCAAGCCCUGACUUUUGAGGAUCUGUUGAGCUUUGCUGUCCAAGUGGCCAAAGGCAUGGAGUUCCUUUCCUCUAAAAAUUGUAUUCAUCGUGACCUGGCGGCUCGCAAUGUGUUGGUAACCAAGGGCCGGCUAGUGAAAAUUGCCGACUUCGGAUUGGCACGGGAUAUCGACAAUGACUCCAACUACGUCGUGAGAGGAAAUGUGCGUUUGCCAGUCAAGUGGAUGGCACCGGAAAGCAUCUUCCAAGGGAUGUACACCAUGAAGAGCGACGUUUGGGCAUACGGAAUUCUCCUGUGGGAGAUAUUCUCUCUGGGUGUCACACCUUACCCAGGUGUGAAGGUGGACCACGGGUUCUAUUCCAGGAUUCAGAAUGGUUUCAAGAUGGAGUGUCCUUACUACGCGGAUGAGUCUGUAUACGGGAUGAUGUGCAAGUGCUGGGCCUUGAACCCUGAAAACCGUCCUUCCUUCUCCAAAUUGGUGGCCUUCAUGUCAGACCAUCUGACGGUCAGUGAAGAGAAGCUCUAUCAGAACAUCAUCAACCACACAUCUGGCGACUACCACAAUGCAUCAGCCAUUUCGGAUGCUUCUGCUUUUGCCCAACAGAACAAGAACGAGGCGUUAUCUGAUGAAAAUCAAGACCAUGCAUACGCGUCAACACCUGAGGAGCUACGGGUCAAACUCAGUGAAGCUUUGGCGAGGCUGGAAACUCUGGAAAGGGAGAAGAGAAAUGCAAAGGACAGAGAGCGAAGGAUUCGGAACACUGUCAGUUGUCUUCUGGAAGAUCUCGAGCUAAAGAAAACCAUGAAUGAGGAACUGAAAGAGCGCCUCGAUCAACAUAUUGAAGCUGUCAUGAUUGACCUGUGA